UCCUCUCCCUCCUCGCCCCGCACCCUGUCCCGGGGUAGGCGGGGUCACAGGGCAGCGUCGCUGUCACACACGGUUCUGCGGAGGGUGCUGCCUAGCAUCUUGCUUUGAGGAUUAGUUCUCAGGAUCGAUGUGCCCCCAAUUUAAAGAAGGAAAAACAUGGUUCCCCGUCUCUUCAACCAAAUGAAAGGGAGCAGCGUGGGGACCAGAGAGCUGCUUCCGCCAGCGCAGCAGUGGCCGGAGCUGCAGGCGGCUGUGAGGCCGGGCUCCCUGCCCGGGUGCCCGAUGGCUGCGGACGCCCGACUCGCGGAGACCCCCAGGAUGGAGACCUUGUCUUUCCCCAGAUACAAUGUAGCUGAGAUUGUGACUCACGUUCGAAACAAAAUCCUCACCGGGGCUGAUGGUAAAAACCUCUCCAAGAGUGACCUGUACCCCAAUCCGAAGCCCGAGGUCCUGCACAUGAUCUACCUGAGGGCCUUGCAGAUCGUGUACGGCGCGCGGCUGGAGCACUUCUACAUGAUGCCCGUGAACUCGGACGUCAUGUACCCGCAUUUGAUGGAAGGCUUCUUACCCGUCAGCAACCUGUUUAUUCACCUGAACUCGUUUCUGCCCAUCUGCCGCGUGAACGACUUCGAGACGGCCGACAUCCUGUACCCAAAAGCCAAACGGACCAGUCGGUUUUUGAGUGGGAUCAUCAACUUCAUCCACUUCAGGGAAGCAUGCCGGGACACGUACAUGGAGUUUCUCUGGCAAUAUAAAUCUUCUGUGGACAAAAUGCAGCAGCUAAAUGUGGCUCACCAGGAGGCGCUAAUGAAGUUGGAGAAACUGGAUUCUGUUCCAGCGGAGGAGCAGGCCGAGUUCCAGCAGCUUUCCGACGAGAUCCAGGAGCUGCAGCAGCUGCUGAACCAGGACUUCCGGCAGAAAACGGUGUUGCUGCAAGAGAGAAAUGCCCAAAAGAAGUCCGAUGUUUUAGAGAGAACCAAGCAUUUGAAUGAACUAAAGUUAUCAGUGGUUUCUUUGAAAGAAGCACAAGAGAGUUUGAAAACAAAAAUUGUGGAUUCCCCAGAGAAGGUGAAGAAUUAUAAAGAAAAAAUGAAAGAUACAGUCCAGAAGCUUAAAAAUUCUAGGCAAGAAGUGAUGGAGAAGUACGAGGUGUACCGCGACUCGGUGGACGGCCUGCCCUCCUGUCAGCUGGAGGUGCAGCUGUAUCAGAAGAAAAUACAGGACCUGGCGGAGAACAGGGAGAAGCUGGCCGGUGUCUUAAAGGAGAACCUGAACCUAGAGGACCAGAUUGAGAGCGGGGAGUCAGAACUGAAGAAACUGAAGGCGGAAGAGAAUUCCUUGCGCAGACUGAUGAAUGUGAAGAAGGAAAAACUCGCCACAGCCCAGUUCAAAAUCAACAAGAAGCACGAGGACGUCAAGCAGUACAAGCGCACGGUCAUUGAAGAUUGCAAUAAAGUUCAAGAAAAAAGAGGUGCUGUGUAUGAGCGAAUAACCACCAUUAACCAAGAAAUCCAAAAAGUUAAAUUUGCCAUCCAGCAACUAAAAGAUACCACGGAGAGGGAGAAACUGAAGUCCCAGGAAAUAUUUCUGACCUUGAAAGGGGCUCUGGAGAAAUACCAUGAAGGCAUUGGGAAGGCGGCCGAGGAGUGCUGUGCUGAGCUGGAGGGGAAGGCAGCUGAGCUGAGGAAGAGGAUGGCCACGCUGCCCACCUGAUGCACAUGUGGCAGGUGGUUUGUAAAUAGCUUGUGUGGUUUAAUGUUUGUAACUGGAAGUUGAAUUUAAUGGAAGUAUCAGAAGUACUAAAUGUUAGCUCAGUCAUUUUGUGUACACUCAUAGGUUAUUAUUUGUAGGAUAAUGCAUUUAAUGUGGACAUAUCCUAACUCAUAAAGCUCUGCAGCUCUUCAUGACUCGGCCCCAGCUCUUCCUGUCAGCCAUGCUCCUUGAUAUCAAACGAUAUUAUAAAGCUACAGUAAUCAAAACAGUAUGGCUCUGGCAUAAAAACAGAUCAGCAGAGCCCAGAAAUAAGUCCUCGCUCCUGUGGUCAGUCUACACAAAGGUGAGGCUACACAGUGGGGUAGGGACAGUCUCUUCAGUAAGUGGUGCUGGAAAAACGGCAGCCACAUGAUGAAAGUGAACAUGGACCACUUGCUUACACCACGUACAAAAAUAAAUUUAAAAUGCAUUAAAAAUAACAUGGGACUACAUCAAGCAAAAGGUUUUGUUUUUUUAAUUGAUUUUAGAGAGAAAGGAAGGGAGGAAAAGAAACAUCAAUCAGUUGUCUCCCAUAUGCUUCCCAACUGGGGAUCAAACUCAUAACCCUCUGGUGUAUGGAUGACACUCAACUAACCGAGCCCCCGAACCAGGGCACUGCCUCAGGUCUCCGCUCCGCCUGGGGCCAGGAGCCGGCUCGCGCUGGCAGCCCUGGCGAAGCACACCCCGCACCUGCCCCGCCUCUGUGCUACUCGGGCAGCAGCCUUUUCGUCCUGUGGCCAAAUAACAGCCCCUCACCCAGCUUCAUGGUUGUCCACAAAAACGCUCAUCUUUCAUGCACUUUUCCAUACCAAACAUUAGCAUAUGGCCUAGAAGUUUCAUGUCUUCACUCAUCUCUCUCCGUCCCCAAACAUACCCACAUUUAAACCUCUAUCGGCUGUUCUGACUGAAGAAUAAAUGACACAAUUUAGAAUUUUCCCCAAAGCCUUCUCAAUGUGAACACGAAAGGCUAUCACCACAAUGGAAACGGCUGUGCAGGGCACAGGUGCAGCCGGGGCCUGUGUAGAGCAGUUGCGUAACUUCAAGUUCAACUGACGCCUUCAAGGAGCUAAGCCAUCGGAUGACGAAGCACGGGAAGUUGAAAUCCGCGUCCUGCAGGCUGAAGUUAAAGCAUCUGACUUCAGUUUCACGGGAUGUUCCCUAUUUUUAGAAAGACCAGAAAAGUAUGAAAUUCAGCUCAGAGUCAGGGCCUCCCCCUCCUUCCGCAGUUCCUUCGGCUCCCCUGCGAUCGCGCUGCCUUCCUGCCCGCACUGCCUCCAGGGCCUAGGGUUUGGAACAUCAAAGCUGAAAAUGUUAA